UGAAACCGGAUGAUUUUCUGCACUUUUUUAAGUGCGCUUCAGGGGGAUUUUUGAAAAGUUGUUUUUUUUAAAAAAAAAAAAAAGAAAAAAAAGAAAAGAAAAAGAAAAAAGUGGGCAGGGAGUGUGCUCGAGGUGUCUCGUGCGCUCUGACGCGCUCUCUCUGUCUGUCUCUUUUGUGGUGGGGAACCCGGGAACCAUCCUCCUUCCAUCCAUCAGCCCUGAAGUUUAGCAUCUGUUGCUUUUGAAAGAAGGAAGGAGGGCCAAAGAAAGAAAGAAAGACAAACAAAACGCACCAAACAAACAAAAACGGAAGAUGCGUCUCGCGCGGUGAGGGCUCGGUGCGGGUCACCUGUUGCGGGAGAAAGCAUGGGAGUGCUCAGCGCGGACCUGCGGGUCACCCUGCAGAUUCUACCCGGCUUCUUCUCCAACUGCCUGUUCUUCGUGCUCUACGACUCGGUAGUGCUCGUGAAGCGCGUCGUGUCGCUCGUGAGUCUCUCGUGCGGCGGCGGCGGAGGCGCGUGGCAGCAGCGCAUGUUGACCUCGGCCGGCGUGCGCUCCAUCUGGAACAGCUUUCUGCUGGACGCCUAUAAGCAGGUGAAAUUGGGCGAGGCGGCUCCGAACUCUAAAGUGGUGAAGGUUCCCGGGAUCUCCGGCUGCCAGUGGAGCAGCGAGGAUGGAAAGACGACGGACGAGUGUCGCCUGUUGGACUUCGAAUCGUCCGAUCGGCCCUUGGUGGUCAACUUCGGCUCGGCCAGCUGACCCCCGUUCGUGAACCAGCUGCCGGUCUUCCGGAGGCUGGUGGAGAACUUCUCGGACGUGGCGGACUUCCUGCUCGUCUACAUCGACGAGGCUCACCCGUCUGACGGAUGGGCGGGCCCACCCAUGGAACUUUUCCCGUUCGAGGUGAAGAAACACCGCAGCUUGGAGGAGCGCCUGGUGGCGGCGCAGAGGCUCGUCGAGCAUUUCUCUCUGCCGCCGCAGUGCCGGCUGGCGGCCGACUGCAUGGACAACAACGCCAACAUGGCGUACGGCGUCGCCUACGAAAGGGUGUGCAUCGUACAGAAGAAUAAAAUCACUUAUCUGGGAGGGAAGGGUCCGUUUUAUUACAACCUUAAAGAUGUACAGAACUGGCUUGAACGGAGCUACGGGAAGCGGUAAUCUUUGCUGAACGGUGGAAUGGUUUAUUUUUUUAAUAAAGGACAAAAAAAAAAGAAAAAAAAAA